AUGAGCUUGGUCUUAAGAUUAAGGCAGCAUUUGCCUAAUGGGUUUUGCAGAAGACCCUUUAUUUCUCCCCUCGCAGCACUGAAUCCUGGUAGCUUAAAUGGGUUUUGUCAAAACUUUAGUCAACCUGCAAGGAAAGAAGAGGAAGAGGAGGAAGAAGUGGAGAUUGACCAAAGGAGACUACCUGCUGAUUACGAUCCAGCAACAUUUGAUCCAACAGAGCAUCGCAGUCCUCCAACUGAUCGUGUUUUUAGGCUCGUAGAUGAAAUAUCAUCACUCACACUGGCCGAAGUUGCUGAGCUGGGUUCCAUUAUGAUGAGGAAAAAGGGAAUGAAGGAACCACCAAUUGUUGGAGUCAUGAAGCCAGGAGCUGCUGGAUUAGGAUUGGCAAUGAAGGGACCAGCAGCAGCUAAGGAGGAGAAGAAACCAGAAAAGACUGUCUUUGAAUUAAAAUUGGAGUCAUUUGAGGCAGCUUCUAAAAUAAAACUGAUCAAGGAGGUAAGGAGCUUCACUGACUUAGGCCUCAAGGAAGCAAAGGAUUUAGUGGAGAAGGCACCAUCUGUGCUAAAGAAAGGAUUAUCAAAGGAAGAAGGAGAACAACUAAUAGAGAAGCUCAAAGCUGUUGGGGCAAAAGUUGUUCUUGAAUGA